AUGAUGUCUUCGUCACCCGAUUAUGUGCACCCGCACGACAGCGCCAGCAUCCCUACCGACUCCGACUCCGAUUCCGACCUGGACCUCGAGGAACUCGAUCCGGAUACCGCUCCAGGUCAUCGACCUUCACGGCUCUCAAGGGAUGGCUCAACCGGCCAAGGAGGAUACGGCCCUGGAAUUGCAUUGAGAAAGUUACGUGCCGGCGUUGGAAACCGGUUGAGGCGCAGCGUCUCCGGAAUGAAGCAUAGGGAGUCGGAAGAGGACACAAACGGUCUGCUGGAGGACCAGGAUGGUGGCAGGAUGCGGAGAUCGCAGGCGAGCUCCCAUAAUUUGACUGACGAUGAUGCGCCGUUGCUUCACGAAGACCGGCGCAUAUCCGCUCAUUCGUUAAGCAACCAAGGACCGACAUCGAAAAAGGGAUUCCGGUUACGGUUCUCCGGGUUUAGCACCAUAUUCAAUCGUUCGUCCAGAAAGGCGCCCGUCACGGCAGAAUCCCAGCCGCCACGAGAUGUGCUAGUUGGGCAAGCGCAAAGAUCGAAAUACCCCCCGAACAUCGUAUCGAACGCGAAAUACACACCAUGGUCCUUCCUACCCCGUACUCUUUACAACGAAUUUUCCUUCUUUUUCAACAUCUACUUCCUAUUGGUCGCUCUCUCGCAGAUUAUUCCCGUCCUUCGAAUCGGCUAUAUGUCGUCAUACAUCGCACCGUUGGCUUUUGUGGUUUCAAUAUCGCUAGGAAAGGAGGCUUUGGAUGACAUUGGCCGUCGCAGAAGGGAUGCCGAAGCAAAUUCCGAGGAGUUCACCGUUUUGUCGCUUGAUGGGUCUACAAGGAGAACGAAUGAACACGUGUUGGAGAUUACGAAGAAGUCUCGGGAUCUAAAGGUCGGCGAUGUUCUGAAAGUCCGGAAGAAUCAACGUCUGCCCGCGGAUGUUGUCAUCCUAAAAAGCAUUUCCGCCGACACUACCAUUACGCAGCAAGAACCCGUUACUGAAUCUCCCGUCGACCUGAUCGAUUCGGACCAAGGGCCGUCAGCACCUACGGAUCCAGCACCCAGCUCUACUGCCACGCCAAAUGAGAAAAAUUCGUCUGCUGCUGAUACUUUUAUCCGGACUGAUCAGUUAGAUGGUGAAACGGACUGGAAAUUGCGUUUGCCUUCUGUGUUGUCUCAGAGCCUACUCCUCGGUGAGCUUACUAGGCUUAAGAUUACCGCCAGCGCCCCAGACCAGAGAGUCAAUGAAUUUGUUGGUGCCAUCGAAUUAGAGCCACCCUCUGGCUUCUAUGAUGCACACGUUCACAAGUCCCAAAAUGGGAGGGAUGAUGAAGGUGAAAACCCGCAGAACAAUUCUGCGCCGUUGAACAUUGACAACACCGCGUGGGCGAACACUGUUCUCGCAUCAAACACCACUACCUAUGCCGCCAUCAUCUACACAGGCUCGCAGACGCGAGCCGCCCUCUCAACCUCCCCGUCUCGGUCGAAGGUCGGAUUGUUAGAAUAUGAAAUCAACAGUCUAACCAAGAUCCUCUGCAUUCUGACUUUCGCGCUUUCAGUUAUCCUGGUGGCAUUGAAAGGGUUUCAGCCCACCAACGAUAAGGAGUGGUAUGUGGCGAUUAUGAUUUAUCUAAUUCUCUUCUCGACCAUCAUUCCCAUGAGUCUGCGUGUCAAUUUGGAUAUGGCCAAAUCCGUGUACGGUCGAUUUAUCGAACGAGACAACGAUAUCCCGGAUACUGUUGUUAGGACAAGUACGAUUCCCGAAGACCUUGGCAGGAUAGAGUAUCUCCUCUCGGACAAGACAGGGACUCUGACCCAAAAUGAAAUGGAAUUGAAGAAGAUCCAUGUUGGAACGGUCUCAUACGCGAAUGAUGCCAUGGAUGAAGUUGCCUCGUAUAUUCAUCAAAGUUUUGCCGGAAAUGAAUUGGUCACUCCCUCCUCCGUCUUUGGCGCUCAAGCAGGAACUGGAACUGCUCCCCGUACUAGAAGAGAGAUUGGCUCUCGUGUCAGAGACCUCGUUCUAGCACUUGCCCUAUGUCACAAUGUCACGCCGACUACAGAUGAAGAGGAUGGUGUAAAGGUUACGAACUACCAAGCUUCAUCGCCCGACGAGAUCGCCAUUGUUCGGUACACGGAAGAGGUAGGACUCAAGCUAGCCUAUCGCGACCGACAGUCGAUCGUACUUGAGUCUACCGAUAAUGGGCAAGUUGUGGUGCGUGUGCGCAUUCUGGAUAUCUUCCCGUUUACGUCGGACAGCAAGCGCAUGGGUAUCAUCGUCCAAUUCGAGCAUGACGGGAUACUGGAAUCUCCAACGGACAACAGUGAAAUAUGGUUCUACCAGAAGGGUGCUGAUACUGUGAUGACUUCGAUCGUUGCGGCAAAUGACUGGCUCGAUGAGGAGACCGCUAACAUGGCUCGAGAGGGUCUGCGGACACUGGUUGUCGGCAGAAGGCGGCUUCCCAUGCAGCAAUACCAAGAGUUUACGGCAAAGUACAAGCAAGCAUCGCUUGCACUGCAGGGUCGUGAUGCGGGAAUGGCCAAGGUUGUCAAUGAACAUCUGGAACGGGAUCUGGAACUUCUCGGAGUAACGGGUGUGGAAGACAGGUUACAGAAAGAUGUCAAGCCGUCUCUCGAGCUUCUCCGCAAUGCAGGUGUGAAGAUUUGGAUGUUGACCGGAGACAAGGUGGAGACAGCACGCUGUGUCGCCAUUUCGGCGAAGUUGGUGGCAAGAGGACAAUAUAUCCAUACCGUCGCCAAAGUUACUGAUCCAUCGGCCGCCCAAGAAGCCCUGGAUUUUAUCCGCAACAAGACCGAUUGCUGCUUGCUCAUUGAUGGCGAGUCUUUAUCAUUGAUGCUGGGCCAGUUUAGGUCACAGUUCAUCUCCCUUGCGGUUCUGCUCCCAGCUGUCGUUGCUUGUCGAUGCUCGCCGUCCCAAAAGGCACAGAUUGCGGAUUUGAUUCGUCAACACACCAAGAAACGGGUGUGCUGUAUUGGCGAUGGUGGUAACGAUGUAUCGAUGAUCCAAGCAGCCGAUGUCGGUAUUGGCAUUGUUGGCAAAGAAGGUCGCCAGGCGUCACUUGCAGCGGAUUUUAGCAUCACCCAGUUCCAUCACCUGACGAAACUUCUCGUCUGGCACGGACGCAACUCCUACAAGCGGUCAGCGAAGUUAGCACAGUUUAUCAUGCAUCGUGGUCUUGUCAUCAGUGCAUGCCAAACAAUGUACAGCAUUGCCAGCAGCUUCGAUCCGAAAGGUCUCUUCAUCAAUUGGCUCAUGGUCGGCUAUGCCACAAUAUACACCAACGCCCCGGUUUUCUCCCUGGUUUUUGACCGCGACGUGGACGAACAUCUGGCCAACCUCUACCCCGAACUAUACAAGGAGCUAAAAUCUGGCCGCAGCUUAAGCUACCGCUCAUUUUUCAUCUGGGUUUUCAUCUCAGUCUACCAAGGCGCCGUGAUCGAAGGACUCUCGCAGAUCCUGCUGGACACCAUCACCGGCCCACGGCUCAUCAGCGUGUCGUUCACAGCCCUUGUGCUCAACGAAUUGCUCAUGGUCGCCAUUUCCAUCACCACCUGGCAUCCAAUCAUGAUCAUCUGUCUCCUCGGUACCGCCCUUGUCUACGCAGCUAGUGUCCCGUUCCUGGGCGACUACUUCGACCUGCACUAUGUGAUUACUGUCGACUGGCUCUGGCGAGUUGUGGUUGUCUGCGCUGUGUCUGUGGUUCCUGUCUGGGCUGGGAAACUCGUUAAGCAUUCUUGGAGUCCUCCUAGUUACCGGAAGGUUCGGGGGUGA